UGAAUUUAACAAUUGGAUCAAUUCAAUUACUAUUUUUUUCAUAAAGUUAAACAUCCUACCAAAGAUCUGCAGAUAUGAAGAGGAACAAUAAAACUAAUCAUAAUUUCAGAAGUGCACUUUUUAAUCUGAUAAUUUACCAUCAAUAGUGAAUACAGAGGAAUUGUAUAACCCCAUUGAGCAACAACCUAGCAAAAGGCAGCAGCAGUGAAUGAUGGAUACAUGGAAGACAGCAAGUCUCAAAGGCAUAAAAUUCAACCAAGACAGCAGCCAAUGUGGGGAGUUCAGAAAAAAGGUGCUUGCACUUACUUAGCACCUUUCACAAUCUCAUGAUAUUGCUAAGAAGAAUUAGAUGCAUAAAGAUAUGAGAUAGAAAGUUAAACUUAUGAAUUGGAGGUAAGUAGGAAACAAAAUAAAUGUUAAGCAAAAGUGUAGGAAGAGAAUUAUCUGGGGACAAAAAGGGAGACUGUGGAGGAUAAUAAUGACUCAACAUCAAUUUAUUUUUCCAAGUUAAUUAUAUCCCAGGGUACAGAUGUUGCAUCUGUUAUUCUGUGCCUCCAGAGGACACAAACAAUCAUUAUUAGAAUAUGUUACAACAAGAACAGGAUAUUUUCUUUAAGUUGAAAUUCACAACAGGACUUUCAUAUGCUCUUAGUGCUUAAGGUUAUCAAAGUUUUAGAAUUGACAAUGAUAAUGAAGCAAAAAACAAACCGGAGUAAAUCUAAUAAUAAGAAUGCCCAAGAAGAACUUGAAAAGUCUAUCUGAACUUGAAUAAUAAAGUUGUGACAUUAAUGAAAAUGAAGAUAGUCGAAUGUCUUAUGCCAAAUGAAUACCAGGGAUGAACCUUGGACAUUGCAACAGAAUGCCAAUACAUUAAGAAAGCGAUAAUAGGGAGGUUGAAAAAUGCUUAGGAUGCAAGAGAAUUUUUACGAAUGAAUUUUGCAAUGCAUAUUGUGUACGUGGAGCUCAUCAAUCAUCAAUAAAUGCUAUUUUUUAAGUGAGAUAUGUGGAUUUAUUUUACAAGAUGGAAAAGCUUGUGUUCAAGUAACUAAAUUAUGCUACAUCCAGUAUUCUGGGGAGAAAUUCCUAUAAACACUCUUGUGAAUAUGCUUUGGUGCUGCACUAAGUUCAGAAUGCAUUAUUUAAUGCACUACCGCUGACAGUAAUGAAAUAUCAGCUCUAUAAACCCAUUAAUUUGUGUCAGCUGUGGCUCAUUUGGAUGCACAUUUACUUCUAAGUUAGAAGGUUCUAAGUUAGAAAGUAUAAGUUCCAUUCUAGAUAAUUGGACAAAAUUUUAGGUGAUAUUCUAAUCUAGUAGUGAGGGAAUAUUGCAUGGAUGGUCUCUCAGAUUGACAUUAAAAUCCGUCAGUGCUAUAGAAAAAAAAAACAGAGAUGCCAUCCCAGAUGUGCUGGCUGAUAAUUCCUCAAUCAACACUGGUAAAAUAGAUUAUCUGAUGAUUAUAACAUUGUUAUAUGAGUGAGCUUGCUCUAGAAAAUUGGCUGCCAUGAUACCUACAUUUCGACACUUCAUUUGAUGAAAUGUACUUUGAGAGAUCCUGAACUUGUGAAAGUUGAUUAUAUAAAUACAAGUCUUUCUUUCUGUUACAACAAUGACAAAAAUUCAGAAGUAUUUUUGUUGGCUAUAAAGUGUUUUGAGGCAUUCUGAGGUCAUGAAAGGCACUAUGUAAAUGCCCUCCUCCAUGUCUGAAAAGUAAUAGUUACACUUUAUAGACCUAUCAUAGUAAACCUCCUACUUUAGACAGAAAAAAAGAAUAUCGUCUUAACAUUUAUUUCAUAUUCUGAAAAGUGAUUUUUUGCAAAUGGAUGAAAUAGUUCUAAUAAUGGAUCAGGUAACUACAUUUUUGGCAAGUACAGAGAGAGUAAGGUUUGGCACUGUGAUUGAUCCACUUAGAAGCGGAAAACACUUAUUGCAAUCUUACCAGAUGAGAUACGGGUAAAUAAUGUAUUGAUAUGAAUAGGAUUUAAUAAAUACCAAUACAGCACUGCCCUCAAAUAUCUAUUUUGGCUGAUACACUGAUCAGAAAAUUCUGUUCAAUGCCUAUUGGCCUGAUCACCUUGAGAACAACAUAAUUUUCACCAAAUUGAACAAAAAAUUCUGCAGAGAAAGUAGGUGCUCAGUCGUUCUCAGAAAUCAAGGCGAGACUGCAGACCAAACAAUAAGGCUUGAAGGAAAAGGUAACAUAUCAGUCAGGAUUUGAUUCUAUGUAUUAAGUAAACUCAGAACAUUUCUCUGGCUCAAUGUGCCUAACAUAUGUAAAAUAACAAAUAUUUUUAAAUAUGUUUUUUGGUAAUCACAUGUAUUUUUAACAUGUUUAUCUUCUACCUUUCAUUUGAGAAACUGAUUUGUUUAAAAUAAUCUUGCUAAAAUAAUGAAGAUGGUUCUUGGCCAGUGCUGCAAUAUUCCGACAUCAGUGUUCACAGACGGACUCUUCCCCCCCUCCACCAGCCACAAUGUAUUUGUCAUAGCAUGGAAAUUCUACCACUGUUCUGUGCUCAAAUGAUGUAAUGAUGUACUAUAAUUCCCAUUCCAAUUUUUUCAACUGUCACGUGAUCUUAUAAUUUUAAUUUUUGUGUUGGUCAAUGAUCAUCCAAUAACAAAAUAACUGUAGCUAUAACACACCAAAAGUGUAUUUUGUGUAGACGAAAAUAUAUAACAACUAAAGUUUGAAACACUUCCUGCUACAUGCUUCCCACACAACUGUGUAUCAGUAGCACUCUGGGUUCUAAAUCAGCAGGUUGUGGGUUCUCAUUAGAGAGUUAUUCUCAGUUGGUAGAACUAAGCAUACUCUAUAGUAGUAGCUGUGCGUUCUAUAUCACUUGUCUACAAACAUUACUUCCAUAGUCACAUAGAUGAAAAACUGUGUUGACCAAUACAAGUUAUGAACAGGAACUGCCAAGUAACAACUCAUACUUUUUAUGUACUAUUUGCCAGGAGUUAAAUGUUGGAAGUCAAUACCGAAUGAUAAAGCCACUUGAAACUUAAUGUAAACAGUCAAGAUCAAGUUCAAUCUUCUGGUAAAGGGAGAUAGUUGCAUGCUCAGAGUGUGUAUAGUUAACGCAUGAUUUUAAAAUCUGUUCUCCAUUGAUUUUGCCUGGCCUGCUGAAUCUUUUCAGCACUCUUUGAUUUUAUUUCAGAAUACCAGCAACUAAAGGUUCUUGCUUUUGUAUUUCUGUUCUUAGUUUUCUGUAAAACAUAUAAAGGGUUUAAUAGGUACAUUUACAUUGUUAACUGGCAAUACAAAUUGCAGCCUGGAAGGUUUUUAAUGACAGCAUGAUCAAUUUACGUGUUUCUAUUUUAAAUACAAGCAUAUUAAUUUAUAAUGAAAAUAUUGCACAUCAGUUUCCACAUUCAACAUCUGCCCUUGUGCCCUUAGCUCAUUUUACACUCCAUAACCUAUUGGCAUUGCUGUUCUAGGAAAUGACCUUUUCUGCUUUGCUGCUCAUCUCUACACUGUUCCAAGGGAUUGAUCUACUUAUUUCUGAGUUACUGUCCUCCACCGGUGAGAAAGUCAAAAUAUAGAGGGUGAAAUUCAUGCAGGGUUCAAAUAUGAAAUCAAUACAUUACAUAUAUUGAUAUUUAGUUUUUUUAUAUAGUUUUUUUUAAAAAGCAAACUAAACAUUCAACUCUCUUAAUGACAUGGUUGGGUUAUUUACUGAUACCAGCUAGGAAGCACUUAAAAUUAAUUUUUAUUCUCAUCCAGGCUUAGCAAAUGCAGUUAGAAAAGUCAUGCCUGAACAAUUGAAUGGAGAGAAACAUCUGGUUCCUGCACUUCCUGGGAGUGGACAAAAAUGAUGAAUCAGGUCCUGGAAGUUACUGUUUCCCAAUUAAGGAGCCUUCCAAUAUUUCUGUCUUAGCUCAAGCAUGGAAAAUUCAUCUGGAUGAAAGACCGAAUGAUAAAUAUCACAGAGAAUGCUCAACACCCAAGACAGUGGAUAGGGGGCAACAAUUCAAACAAGGGGCAAUUGCUAGUGAAUUUGAGUAGUGCGUCCUGCCAGAGUGAUUUGAUCCAGCCAAGUUGUUCUGCUGUACAGGCACAGUAGUAUAGUGGUUAGCAUAAUGCUUUACAGCACCAGCGACCCGGGUUCAAAUCCGGCCACUGUCUGUAAGGAGUUUGUACGUUCUCCCCAUGUCUGUGUGGGUUUCCUCCGGGUGCUCCGGUUUCCUCCCACAUUCCAAAGACGUACAGGUUAGGAAGUUAUGAGCAUGCUAUGUUGGUGCCAGAGGCGUGGCGACACUUGCGGGCUGCCCCCCAAAAUCACUACGCAGAAGAUGUAUUUCACUGGGUGUUUCCACAUACAUGUGACUAAUAAAAGAUAAAGAUCUUAAUAAAAGAUAAAGAGUUGACAAACAAAAAUGCCAAAUUUAGUCAAAAAAUCUUUUAAAUGAAACUUGGCCAAAGAAAGACAGUAAGGCCAAUAACGUUAUUUGAUGGAUCUGACUGAGUCUGAGCGUCGUACAGGGUAAGUGCAGCUCCCAAUGACAGUGACCAUGCUGCACCCCUGCAGGCUCUCCCUGAGCAGCUUCAUCAGCAUUCCCCCACAGACUUCCCGUGACGCAAAUGACGUCCUGGGCUACGUACGUCCCUUAUACGUGCGUCAGCAGAUCGACGUCCCCUGCGCUUAGCCGCGCGCUCCAGAAACAGUUACGUCGCCGCUUGUGACCCGGUCUAUGUUCGGUUUCGGAUUUAAUAAGACGCUCUCCGGCGCCUCGACACACAGCUGGGAAAACAACGGGCAUCAACUAACUACAACCUUGUACACAUGGCUACUCCAGAUGUCAGCGUUCAUGUGGAGGAGGUAGUUGUCGUAACAACACCUGACACCCCAUCAGAUGGAAAUUCAGUUGAAGAGGUGAAAACGGUUUUGGUAGACUUCAAAUCGACACAGCCUAGUGGAGGAUUAAGUGAAGAUAGUAUGGACUCUGUCAACACUCCUGGAACCUAUUCAUCUUCCUCCACACUUAUUCAGAAAGGUGAUAUUAUCGAGGUAAAAAUUGCAGAUGAGGCAGAUAAUAUGGAGCCAGAAAUCAUUUAUCCAAUAACGUGUGGAGAAAGUAAAGCUAACCUUAUCUGGAAGAAGUUUGUUUGUCCUGGUAUCAACAUAAAAUGUGUGCAGUUCGACAAUCAACUUAUAAGCCCAAAAGAGUUUGUGAAUUUAGCUGGAAAGUCAACAUUAAAAGACUGGAAGAGAGCUAUUCGUUUGAAUGGUGUGAUGCUGAGAAAAAUCAUGGAUUCAGGAGAAAUGGAUUUCUUCCAACAUAGUAAAGUGUGUUCCAACACUUGCCGUAGUACAAAAAUUGAUCUUUCCAGUGCCAGAUCAUCUUUAAGCAGCCAGCAAUCAACAGAGUACAUCCCAGUGACACCUGCUAUAGCUGAUGUUAAUGGCUCACCUGCAACAUCUGGAAUUGAGAGUUGUGAAGACAGUUGUGAAUGGAUUUCUGCUAUUGGAGAUGACGCGUUUUCAUUUUGGCGUGGCUUAAAAGAAGCAGGUUUGCUAGAAGAAGUUAUACAGGAGUUUCAGCAAGAGAUGCAAGGUACUCUGAAAGGCCUUCAACAAAGACUGCAUCAGCCUCCUCUUCAAGUUGGAGAUGCAAUCAUUCUUAAUAAUAUUGUACAAAGCUUUGGUCUGCUGGACCUUGUUAAAAAGGUUUUGGCGAGUCAUAAAAGUCAAAUGGAUCGUUCCCGAGAGCAGUACACGCGAGAUUUAGCAGCUUUGGAACAACAAUGUGAUGAGCAUCGUAAACGAGCCAAAGAAUUAAAGCACAAAUCCCAGCACCUGAAUAAUGUCCUCAUGACCUUGACUCCAAUUGCAGCAGCUCCUCCUUCAAAACGGCCUCGCCUUACCAGGGCAACAUCAGGACCAGCAACUGUGGCAGCUCAUAUGGUUACAACAUCACAAUCAGGCCAGAUUACACUGGCUUCUGGAGUGCCUAUGUCUCAGCUGACAAAUAUAGGAAAAAUGGCAACAUUAUCCACUAUUCCAGUCUCAGGAGUUGGUAAGAUUCCAUCACAUCCAACAACAUUUACUGCCACAGCUUCACCAUUAAUUGGAGGGUACAGUGUUCUAGCAUCAAGUCCUGGAAUACCCAAUACAGUUGAAAUCCAUCCAGAUGCUUCUAAUUUGGCUGUGCUAAGCACAGCUGCUAUCCAGGAUGGGAACACAGUGUUGAAAGUAGUCAGUCCAAUCCAGCUGUUCACUACAGUUCCUGGUCUCAAUGCUGCACUUCAUAAUGCCAACCAAAUGGCAUCUGUUGGAAGCACAUUUAUGGCUGUGCCUUCAGGCACUGUUGAAACCACAUCAGGAGAAGGACAUACCACUAUACAGGUAACAUCGAUAAGUGAAGAACAUGAACAUAAGCCGUAGUUUUGGAAUAGUGCCUCAUGGUGUUAUUAGAGUGUUGUGUUUAAAUGACUUGUUACUGAAUGUAACUUUUGAGAAUAGUACAGAAUGGUUUCUGUUAUGCUGUGGCUAAAUCUACAUCACCAAGUGGUAAUAAUUGGUAAAAAUGAAAGCAGCAAAAUCAUGGAUCAAAUGCAAGUUUCUCAACUCUUUUUCAGACUUUGUCUUAAGUACAGAAAUAAAGACAUUUAUUGGAUAUGCUUGGUAGAGUUGUUUAUAAUGCAUUUUACGGAGCUUUGGACUGUAUUUUGUGUGCUUUAAUGUCUAAUAACACUCAAACUAUUGUUAUGUUGUUGCUUUAAAAAAACAUUGACUAUUAUGGAGGUUUUUCUUUUCAAUAGGUGCUCUCACUGUUUUCUAACGAUUAUUUUAUUGUGUUGUGUUGUUUGGAUAAUCACAUGGCUAAUCAGGAGAAUAUGUAAAUAUCUGGCUGUUUUAAUUUGUUCACAGCCAAAUAUUGUACAUUCAUUAUAUUUGAAAUAAGACUAGUACAUGACUGCAAAGAUUUAUGAUUUUGUCAUAUAAAAAAAAUCCAACCAGGGAAAUACAAAAAAAGGGUAAAAUAUGAGCAAAUUGGUUUUUUUAAACUUGUUUACAUAUCAUGUGUGAAAUAAUUAUUUAGUCCCCAUUUUAGUUGCAGCUGUAAUGUAAGGUACUCUUUUUAUUCAUGACAAAAACGUGGUUAUUUGAAUGAAUGAUCUUUACAGCACAAAAUUAAUAUGCAUUUCCUUUGCGGAAAUGGUUAAAUGUCAUAUUAAGAAUUUGACAUUAUACACUUUUGUUUUACAUAGCAGCAUACUUAAUAAAAUUAUAGGAUUGAAAUGCAACUUAAACUAGUGGGACAGAAUGGAAAGGAAUAUUGUCAGUGGCUUUCCUCUCUUCCCACAUUUUCACGUUCAGGAUAUGUGAGCAAUAUACAAACUUUUAAGAGAUUGUUCCUUCAUUACAUAGGUGAGUUUACGUUAUAGUUUAUAAAUACCAUAAUUUAAGAGAUAUCUGCAAUCUCUGAACAGUACCUUGUCUUAUCCUUUAAAGUUCACCACAUUUUCUUUAACAUUGAAGUUUGAAAGGUAUUAUUCCAUUCUUUAAUUAGAAAGAGCAAUUCAUUUAAUAAUAAAUCAGUUUUUUUUUGAGGUAAAACGGUUUGGCCAAAUUCUUUGGCUGAAGAAAAACUGUUCCUGCUCAGUUUUGCAUAACAGUAAAUAAAGAUGUCUUUAUGACCAUUUCAUUAUAAAUUAAGAUGCUUUCAAUCCUUCUGCUGUUCAGGAAGUCCUCUAAUUUCUUCACCUACUGUAGUUAAAACAGCAGGAUCUGACCAGCUUCUGAGCUAACUAGGGAGGUAUAUCAGUGCAGCUCUGUGAUCACUUGUUUGCAGAUGGGGAUUUUACACUUCUUUUCUGGGAAUAUGUUGGCUUGCCCUUACCAUUCUUUCGCAUUACAGUUGUUGAGAUUAGCACAUAAAAGAGUGGAAGAUUGCUGACAUAGGUCCAGUUUGAAUUUCAGUGUAUCAAAUAACAUUAAAUUACAUCAACCAAACCCUGAAAUGAAAUUGAACUCUAUAACUAAUUGACUGAUGGAUUUUAUUUUACAUAUUAUCUUUAUAAAAUGUCUUGGUCAAAGAACUUUGUGUGUUUUUAAGGGUUUAAUCUUUUUUUGGUGAGAGAACCAACACUUUUGGUUCCAGAAGAGUUCAAGGUUUUUGCAAUGUCAAGUGAACAUUGAAAAAGGUCAUUUAACUCCGAUGUGAAAGUAAUUUGUAAUACAUUACAAGGAAAUACAGUAUGUUCUUUCAGUGUUUAUCUAUUUAUCUGUUUUUCCCCUUUCUUAAAAAGUGAUCACUUAAAUAAAAAGUUCAGUAUAACAGUUGUAACUUGAACAGAUUUCAUUUGACAGAAAUUUUUAAAUACAUUUAAAACACAGAAAAAGGGAUCUUGUGUUGCAUUUAUGUAGCACCUUAUUAUGUUGAACUAUUUCAAAGUGGAAUCUAGUUACUCCAUUCAUUUAGAAAGGGUGGCAGAUAUCAAAUGUCAAUUGUAUCUCUUCUAACAGUCCUUUUCUGAUUAAAAUCAUAAAAGGAAGUUGUAUUGGAUGCAUCUGAUUGAAGAGUUUGGGAAGUGAGAAACUGGAGUCAAUUAUUAUUGUUUGUGAUGUUAAUGUACAAAAUGUGAAUGCUCCAGAAUUGGAUAUCUGUUAAAUCAGUAUAUGAUUAAAAGUUAUUCAGUUGAAACUUCUUUUGGGGUUGGGAAGGGAAACCCUAAAGUUCUGUAAAUAAAAAUUGUGUAACAUAGAAAAUUUUUUGCAAAACCUCCUUUGCCUAUUGUUCUAUAUUUGUGUCUGUUAGUUGAAUUUCAUGCGGUUGCUGUACUGUACUAUUUUGUCUGUGGCAUAAAAGCCAUUUUUCCAUUUUGUAUAAACUUUUACUGGCAUACAUUGGGUAACUCAAAGCAUUGAAAUAAUAAAAACUAUGCCUUGCUUUGAAAGAAAUGCAGACUUUAUUGCGAGGAAGAAUAAGUGUAUAGUUAGAUAAAUAUAUUUGCUAGCUUGUGCAUGAUAUUGCACAGAAUGAUCUAGAGGAUAUCAAUUUUAAUGUUGCCAUAUGAUUCACUACUGUGACUGAAAUAACAUUUCUAAAUCAUUGCAUGAGAUUUUUUUUACUGUUGCCUUGAAGGUUGAA